UGUAAGACCGAUUUAGAUGUUGCAUACAAAUUUGGAAAAACCGUGGUGAGCUGCGAAGGCUAUGAAUCCUCUGAAGACCAAUAUGUACUAAGAGGUUCCUGUGGCUUGGAGUAUAAUUUAGAUUAUACUGAACUUGGCCUGAAGAAAUUGAAAGAGUCCGGAAGACACUAUGGCUUUACCUCUUUCUCCGAUUAUUAUAACAAGUGGUAUUCGGCAGAUUCUUGUAGCACGGGUGGAUUGAUUACCAUCGUGGUGCUACUUGGUAUUGCCUUUGCAGUGUAUAAGCUGUUCCUUAGCGAUGGUCAGUGUUCUCCUCCACCAUAUUCCGAGUAUCCUCCAUUUUCCCACCAUUAUCAGAGAUUCACCAACUCAGCAGGACCUCCUCCUCCAGGCUUUAAGUCUGAAUUCACAGUCACAGGACAACAAGGAUGUGAAAACUCAGGACCAGGAUUCUGGACUGGCCUGGGAACUGGAGGAAUAUUAGGAUACUUGUUUGGCAGCAAUAGAGCAGCAACACCCUUCUCAGACUCGUGGUACUACCCAUCCUAUUCUCCACCCUACUCCAGCACCUGGAAUAGC